AAGAGCGGAGUGCGCGCGCCUGACACACGCACCGCGCUCGCUGUUCCGCGCGCCCGUCUGAUUUUAUUUCCCAUUAUUAUUAAUUUCUCUUAUUUUAUUUAUUUAAUUUCUCGCUUUUCUCUCUGUGGAUUAUUCGUGCACGCGUGGAGAAGCGAUGGAGAAAAUGUCACGGCCCGUCAGCUCGGCUUUCCUGCCUCCGACCCACGGAGUGCUCAAAUCCCUGCUGGAGAAUCCCAUGAAGCUGCCGUUCCACCAUGACGAGGGUUUUGCUAAAGAGAAAGAGAAGGAGAAGAAGCUAGAGGACUAUGGCACCGGGACGAACGCGCCCCAGUCGGCGUUUCUGGGUCCGACGCUGUGGGACAAAACCCUGCCCUACGACGGAGACAACUUCCAGCUGGAAUACAUGGACCUGGAGGAGUUCCUGUCCGAAAACGGCAUUCCGGCCAACUCGCAGCGAGAACAGAGCCAGAUCAACCAGCAGCCCAUGCAGCACAGCCCCAUUACCCAGCAGCCCCUGCAGCAGAGCCCGACUCUGCCCUCUCCGACCAGCGUGGUGGACCUGAGCAAUCGAGCGAGCACCUCGGUACACGCCGGCAUGGUGGCGCAGAGUGGCCCUAACAGAGCAGGCCUGCCAUCGAACCGCAACACCCCGAGUCCCAUCGACCCGGAUUCCAUCCAGGUCCCGGUGAGCUACGAGCCCGACCCUGCCGACCUGGCGCUGUCAAGUGUGCCCGGCCAAGAGAUAUUCGAUCCACGCAAGCGCAAAUUUACCAUCGAGGAGCUUAAACCACAGCCAAUGAUAAAGAAAGCUCGCAAAAUCUUCAUCCCUGAUGACAUGAAGGAUGAUAAGUACUGGACACGUCGCCGGAAGAACAACGUGGCGGCUAAGCGCUCGCGUGACGCCCGGCGCCUGAAGGAGAACCAGAUCGCCAUCCGCGCCUCCUUCCUGGAGAAGGAGAACGCCGCGCUCAGACUGGAGGUGGCCGAACUGCGCAAGGAACUGGGACGCUGCCGGAACGUCAUGGCCAAAUACGAAGCGCGGCACGGGGCCCCGUGAGCCGGCCCCGGACCCCCCCGGGACUCCCUACGGCCCCGCCCCUCCGGUUUCAAUGACUUUUACGUGCCACGGUUAAAUUACCGGCACCGGUUCUCUACCUGUCGCUCUCUGUUUUAUUCUACGAUCACAUUAGCAUGAUGCUAGCUGUCAUCUUCCUGUUUUUUUGUCCCUCAGUCUCCGUGGUUUGAGGAGAGUCGGUGCUGUAGAGCGGCUUCUCCUUCACUUAACGUUUUCUUUUCUCUUUUAACCGCUGAUUUUGCGCGUCGUCCAAUCAGAGAGCAAUAAGUAAACAAGUGCUUUGUGAGGAGAACGAACCAGAAAAGGAUUAGCUAGCUUGUUCAUUGGCUAGCUUGUUCCUUCUCGUUUUUAUUUCCUUCAUGUCUGUGUUUGUUUCAGUCGCUGACGUAGUCGCCAGAUUAUUAGCUGGAAACGUUUAACGUUCAGAGCACGACUGUGACCCUGUGUUUACACCAGUAAACAUUUAACGUUGAUAAAAUUAGCAUAACGUAACCGGAAAAUUCUAGCGAUGAUCGACAGCACACAAACAAAUGAAAACUAUUCAUGCUAUGCUAAGCUACAUUUGUAAAUUUGUAAAAUGCAGGGUAACGAAACUGCUAAAUGCUAACGUUUGCAAAUUUUAGCAGCCGAGUCUAAAGCUAAAAGCUAGCUAACCAGUUUUAGUUUGCUGCUAAAUGAGCUUGUUUAGCAUUACAAAAACGAGAUGUUAGCUGACCAACAGAUUUGUUUUAUUUUGAGCCACUUGCACUAAAAUCACUAAUAAAUCUCAUUCUUUUUGCUAAAUAGCUUUUUUUUGUUUAGCGACUCCAAUGACAGCUA